CGGACUUCGAUUACGGUGCUUGACCCACAUGACAAUUGUGAGCCGAGAGCCCCAAAGGCUUGAAGGGAGGAGCUGGGCCGACCGCUUACCAUCCAACGUAAGAUGGACAAAGAGCCGGCAACGCUCCCCAAAUUUCGUUCCCCCCUGCCUCGUCUCUUCCUGAAACCGUGGCUGUCCACAACACAGUGGCACCGACACGAGGAAUGCUAUCACGAGAGCUCGAUGAUCCAGCCCGUCUAUAAAUUUCGAAAGAAGCACUUAGGCGAGACACGAUCCCUGAAAAAUCUAGACGCCAUCUUGUUCCGAGGAAGCAUGCGGAGGACUGCAGACGGACCGAGGGAGUACCUACCAACUCAACAGUCGUGUGCGGCACCACCUCACACAAUUGUCUCCGCGCGAGCCACUGUACGGCAUGGCUGAGAUGCCCUUGCUUUUUGCUUAUAAGGAGGUGACGCCGACAAGCCAUCCGCCCGCUCUUCUCUCCGAAACUUGGUCUUUUUGACUGGCGUUAUUUCCACUCCUUUUCUCCUUACGUCAUGUCUUCAGCGUUCUAUAACACCCUCGGCUGUAUCCUCGUGGGAAUGAUUCUCAACACCUGUCUCAUGGGCGUGCUCAUUCCUCACUUCUACAGAUAUUGGGCGACAAAAUUCAAUGAUCCACUUUGGAUCAAGCUCUUCGUGUUGUUUCUGUUCCUUUUCAAUGCGAGCCAGACUGCGGCUGUAUGUUAUCUGACCUGGUUCUUCAUGGUGGAAAACUUCACGAAUAAAGCCGCAGUGCAAAUCGACCUGUGGCCAUUUCCGUAUACUGCGAUCAGCACAGCCAUCCUGGCCCUCAUUUUCCAAGUAUUCCAGACCUGGCGGAUGUAUGCAUUCAACAAAAACAAACCGCUCGCUCUUUUCCUCGUCGCCGCUGCACUGGCGACCUGCGGGCUCGGCGUCGCUGCGGGAAUCCGGUCGUGGAUCCUGGCCGAUCUCAAGAAGCUAUUCGUUCUGGGACCCAUCGUGAAGGCGAACCUGGCUAUGCAAUGUGGGCUCGACAUCUUCAUCGCCGCCGCUCUGAGCGUCAUCUUCGAGCGUUCCAAGACGUCGCUCAAGCGCACGGACCAAGUCCUCAACCGUCUCAUACAGACCGCUGUCCAAUCUGGGUUUUUCACCGCCGUCUUUGCAUUGGGGUCUCUCUUCGCUUUCCACUUCGGCCCUCGCACGUCUGUGAUCUCCGUGUUCGCGUUGCCCAUCGGGCGCAUAUACACUCACACACUGAUGGACCACUUCACCAGCCGCCUCGAGCUGCGCCGGCUGCUCAACAACGACGGCAACGUCAUCACGAUGCCACAGUUCGCCGGCCCUCACGAGCGCACGGGAGCCGUGGACACGAUAAUGUUGUCGAAUGCGCGCUUGAACGCGUCCGAGAGCAUGGAGCACAUCGGUAAAUCGGACUUGAACAUGAGUGCCGUCGAAUUCAGUAGACCUGAGCCUGAUGUGUAGGCAGAAUGAUCGACUUGCAUGGACAAUGGCAUCUCCGUAGCGGAUAUAUUUCUGAGACGAUCCAAAGGAGUAAUUAUAUCUUGCUGUAUUCGGGCAUGAAUUGCUCGGAGCAGGUGACAAACGACAAAGAGGUGAUGGCGGGUGGACACGUGAUCCGCCGUGUCCCGAUUGACAACGCUCUAGAUCUUGGUCUUCUUUGUCCACGCACUGGAUCUUUCCUGACUUGAUCCUCAAACCAUCGAAUUCGCUCCAAGAGGCUGGAGGCUACACUUGAAGGUCCACCACCACCAGGCACCGCCAGUUGGCAGACGAAAUUGUGAUGACUCCCGUCCCCACCCUCGCAUCCACUCGCCUCUAUCUAUGCAGGAUGGCGAUCGCAGCUGCUCUGUCAAUCAGCUUGUUCAAAGCGCAUCAGACAAUGGGUGCGCCUUGACAAAGGGACCAUGACGCGAGGCUUGCUUGAUGCAUGGCUUUGAUUUGGAUGGACUGCCUUUUCUGGAGUUCAAUGGCUGGUCUGCGGUAUGUCGGGCACGACUAUAAAGCUCGCAGGCCCCCGAGUCUGGUGACACGGCUAUCCAUCACUGCCCUUUGCAUUCCAGCCGACGCGCAAGACACACCGAUCAUGCUCUCUUCAAAGUCUUACCCGGGCAACUCACCUCCUCCGCCCACCCAAACAGCAGAUCUCCCAGACGAGAAUGCCCAGAGCUGGAUGCGCUUCCAAGCGCGAAUGCGUGAACCGGAGGCUCAAGAAUGGCUUGCGGCGUUUGAACAGCGGUCUCCCCGCGCCUGGAUCCUCACCGAUGGCGAGACGGGAAAAUUCAUCCUCUUCGAACCCGGCGGCCGCCCACGAGCCCCAAAGCACGCCCCCGCCUCCGGGCGCAGAUCCAACAACAACAACAAGACACGUCCCCGGCCCGCGCCGGGGUCGACGCUCGCGGCGCCGGUCAGCGCGGCCGAGCUGGGCGUGCUGGAGGCUUUCGAGCGGCAGCUGGCCGAUGGGCGCAUCACGGCGGAGUUCUUCCAGGUCGUGCUGCUCGUGCACACGCUUUCCGCGCAGGAGACGGAUGGGAUCGCGCGUGAAGCGAGCGCGGGGAAGCGCCGCAAAAAGAUCCCGGGCCCUGAUGCUACUUGGAAGCAGCACCAGCAGCAGCAUCAGCAGCCACAGCAGCCGGGGCAGAUUGUGCCCAAGAAGCCGAUUCGUCUUCCUCAGUUUAAGCGCGUUGUCCGCCAAGACCAACAGGAGCAGCAGCAGCAGCAGCCGGAGCGCGAUCCCGACGCCCGGCGCUGGUAUCACCCGAUCCUGUUUGUCCUCGGGCUGUACUGUGUGUUCACGCUCGUGCCCCCGCUGGUGUGCAUCCGCUUUGCAUGGAAGCCGCUGCUGAUUCUCUGCAUCUUCUCCUCCGGGGUGAUGAUGCUGGCCGACCUCUGAGUUGUUUUCGCCAGUCCGCUGUUACCGUGAUCUCACCGCACGCAUUGAUAAUAUGCCGUAUCUGACCAUCCGCUCACUUAUGUACAUACUGCUAU